GUCCCGUCUCACAUCUCACUUCACGCCGCUAAUAUUUACAAAAUAUUUCCCCACACAAUUCUUCCGAAAGUGAAGCAGUCUGAAGGGUGGAACAUUAGUUAAUGAUGCUUCCAUUGGAAGCGGAAGUAAAGUCCCAAUCCGUCCGGCGGAUUAGGAUCGCCCCGGCAACGGCCGGUCGUCUGUAGACUGUUUCUGAUGUGCCUUCUCGUUGAGCCAUGCUAACCAAUCGGGCGUACCGGACUCUGACCUACCUUUUCGGUAGCAUUAACAUAUUCUUCGUGCUAGUCAUUUUGAGUCAAGGCGCAGAACAGCUGUUGGUUGACUGGCAAACAGCGCUGUACCAGUUCGUGACGCCAUGUGCCUUAAACAUAAUCUUCGCCAUGUGCUGGAUGAUCGGCGCCGGAUUUCGGCGGCCCGUGUUGAUUGCGAUGUUCAAAUACUUUACCUACGUGCAGAUGGUACUGCUGGCCGCCAUCAUCCUUUAUUCGGCCUAUUACAGCCACGUGGAGGGUCUUUCUUCGAACCUGCUCACGGUGAUGUCACUGCUAACGUCCCUAUUCUUUCUCUCGCUGAUGGAGGUGCUGAUCGCCGUCGGGACCGAGCAUGCGAUCGCUAAGGAGCGGGACGCCUUCCGCCUGACGCACAUCGAGAUGGCGGACUGGAGCCAUUCCUAGAGUAACAACGCUUUCAAUAUUCGGUGGCCUCUGCUUCGCAAUGCGCUAGUACGCGCCUACCAAACGCCUUUAACCGUCAGCCUUUUUACCUCAAGUAGCGCAGCCAGCGAAACGAUGAUAUUGUUAUUUAUACAUGACAAAAGAUGUAGACGUAGUACUUUUCUCGCGAUAGCCAAUGGGUAGUACUACCAAAUAAAUAUAUUUACGAAUCCUAUUGCCACAAGAAA